GUGUCUCUUGUUUCGGACGCUAAAGCCAAUACAUUCGAUAACAAGAAGAAGAAAAAAAAUAACAUUUCCGCUAGCGUUUAUCUAAAAAAAACAAAACAAAAAAAAACUCGUUCCAUCUACAUUUAUCGCAAAGGAUUCCAAGAGAAUUAUUCGUUGAAGAAUCCCAGUCAGUUUUCAUUGAAGAAGAAAAAUACAAACAAAAUAGCCAAUCAUGGCAAGGGUGAUAUCUUUGUUGCUUUGUUUGGCGCUUUUGGCGUCCCUGGCGCUCGUCGACGCUGGCAAGAAGAAGCAAAAGGGCCAUUCGUAUCCAGUUCCGCAAAAGGUGAUCAUCUUACAAGCCGGACCUAGUGCCACUUAUCCGUGGGUAGGACAUUGCCCACCCAAGGGUAAAUGCAAGCAUUUCUACAAAGUCGCCCGGCCUCCGUUUCCUUCCUUCCUGCCACCAGCUCCCCGUCUGCCUUACUACGCUCCUGCUCAAUACGCUCCAGCGCCCUAUUCGGCUCCAGUUUACACUCCACCGGCUCCUCUUUAUUCUCAACCCGAGCCCGUUUACUCUCAACAACCCGAAUCCGCCUACCCGCCUCAAUCUGCGCCCGUUUACAACCAACAACCCGAACCCGUGUAUAACCAGCAACCCGAACCCGUGUACAACCAGCAACCCGAACCCGUGUACAACCAACAACCCGAACCCGUAUACAACCAACAACCCGAACCCGUAUACAACCAACAACCCGAGCCCGCGUACAACCAACAACCCGAGCCCGCCUACCCCCAACAAUCGGAGCCCGUUUAUUCUCAACCAGCUCCCGUUUACCCCGAACAAAACGAACCUGUUUACUCUGAACCUGCCCCAACUUAUUCGCAGCCGGGUCCAGUAGAUUCCGCACUGGCCCAAUCUCCUUCAGACUACUCCGCUCCGCAAUCCUUUUCCGAGUCCGUCGUCCCCGCGUAUUCUCAACUGGAAACUGUACCCGAUCUGCCAAAAGCCAAUUUCGCUAUUCAAGAAGUAUCCGCCCCGGAAUUCAAUUACGGCUCUGGAUCGUCUGACAUUGGUUCCAGCGAAUCUCAGUCUUAUUCGGAAGCCUCUUCCGUCCCUGUUUACUCCGGUCCGGAAUCUCAUGCUGUAGCUGAAAUUGAAACGGUGCCCGUUGAAGAAGCAGCCUAUGGUCCGACAGAACCAACAGGUUAUUCCGGCUCAUCCAGCGGCGAGAUUCAACAAGAAAUCGUCCAAUACGUCGAGCAGCCAGCGUUGGAAAACGCCCAGCAAAUCGACAAUUACCAACAUCAAGAUCCGGAAUUGGCGGAAUUUUUCAAUGAUCCCAUCUUUCAUCAAGAUGCCUACGCAAACAUCGCUCCGUCCGAAGCGCCCCAGCUGGACAUUUACCAGCAAGAGGACGCAUCGUUCCAGCCAACGGAUCAGGCCGACAACUACGGCGAACGGAUACGGCCACGAGGAGGCCGUCGCUAAACGUUGCUGCACGCCAUUCCAA